AUGAUCGAGAAUGUUGGCAAGCCCGAGAGGAUCAUGGAUAUCUACCGUUCGUACGAACCCGAGCAUGCCGCACAAGCAGAGCGGCAGCUCGCUCGCCUCUAUGGGCUUCAGAAGGACACAAAGGUCAAUGGCGCCGUUUACCAGACUGCAAUCUCGAUAUUCUCUGCGGGCUAUAUCUUCAUGCAGUUGCCUUCGACAUUGCUCAUGACCAAAUUGAGACCUUCGAUCUUUCUGAAGAUCAUUGCGCAAGGUCGACUUGCUGCGGAUGCUGGAAGUGAUGACGUCCUUGGAGAAGAGAGCAUCUCAAUCUGGACAGGGAUCGCUUGGGCGGCAAAGGACUAUCGCGUCUGGUUGUUUGCUGGCUUACAGAUGGCCACGACUGCCUCCAUCUCAUACUCACACUUCUUUCCGACUCUGAUUCAGCAAAUUGGCAUCAAGAAUCGUACCACGGUACUCUUACUCACCUCGCCACCAUACCUCGUUGCCUUUUGCUGGGCUCUUGGUCUUGCAUGGAUGGCCGACAAACACCAGACUCGCUCCAUUCCCGCCAGCAUCUCGUGUAUAGUCUCCAUGAUCGGCACUGUACUUUUGGUUGCCUUGCCUCAUCUUUAUUGGGCGAGAUAUGCCUUCACUUUCCUGGUGUGCAUUGGAACCUUCGGUAUCUACUCAACCACCUACACCUGGCUUUCCUCAACGAUUCCUCGACCUCCGAUCAAGAGAGCCGCUGCCAUCGGUAUUGCAAACACAUUGGCAAAUCUGGCUUCUUUGUUCGCCAACUACUUCUGGCUCGAUGAAUACGGGCCAACGUUCCAAGUCUCUUGGGGCAUUCUUCUAGCCUUCCAAGCGUUUGCCAUGGGUUGUAUCUUGACACUGAGAUUCAUGUUGCAACGCAAGAACAGAAAAUUCGAGAGGCUUGCGCGAGAGAUCAAUCUUAACCAUGAAUCAGCAGUGCAAGCUUUGGAAGAAGACGCUCAGAGAGCGUUGAAGAACAACUUCAGAUAUGUAACUUGA